CCAAAAAAAAAACGGAAGAAGAAGAGGCGUGUGAGCGUGUAUGUAAACUAGCGGCCUUUUCCACUCGGUGACCGACGUUUGUGUUUUCUGUCAAGAAAAAUCACACUAUACGUAUUGUAAACAUAAACAGCAGCAGCCCUGCCCCGACGCACCCCAACCCCAAGCGGAGCCGUCAUGUGGCAGGAGGCCCGCAAACAUGAGCGCAAACUGCGCGGGAUGAUGGUGGACUACAAGCGGCGUGGGGAGAGACGCAGAGAGUACUAUGAGAAAAUCAAAAAGGAUCCAGCCCAGUUCCUGCAGGUUCAUGGCCGGGCAUACAAAAUCCAUCUGGAUUCAGCUGUAGCCUUGGCAGCUGAGAGUCCCCUCAACAUGAUGCCUUGGCAAGGAGAUACCAGCAACAUGAUUGAUAGGUUUGAUGUCAGGGCACACCUGGACUACAUCCCCACCUAUACACCAACUCUCCUGAACACUACCACCCCAGAGCAGGAAUCAGAAGAGAGGAAGUGCAAUUACGAGCGCUAUAGAGGUCUGGUGCAGAAUGACUUUGCAAACAUCUCCGAGGAACAGUGUCUGUACCAGAUCUAUGUGGAUGAACUCUACGGUGGCCUACAGAAACCAAAUGAGGAUGAGAAGAAAAAACUCGCUGAGAAGAAAGCUCAGAUCGGUUAUACAUAUGAGGACACCACAUUCAAAAACAGCUAUGCCAGAAGAGACAGUCCUACAUACGACCCCUACAAACGGCCAGAGUCCGACUCCAGUUCAGAGUCACGCUCUCGUUCCCGAACCCCAGGCAAUGAUAAGAUCACUUUCAUCACCAGCUUUGGGGGCAGUGAUGAUGAGGGAGCCUCAGCUGCACAAGCCCCACCUGCAGCGGUGUCAAGCCACACCUCCUCCAACACCGCAGGUCAUAGCAGGGGCUCCCGCCGAAGACGUUCUUCCUCCAGUCACUCGUCCUUUUCCUCCCACUCCUCUUCACAUCGGUCCUCACGCUCAUCCUCACGUUCCCGCCGGAGUCGUCGUUCUCGCGGGGGCAGGGACCGCGACAGCCGUUACUCCAGGUCUCGCUCUCGCCGGCGGUCUGACUCCCGUUCACGGCAACGCAGUGGAGGAGUUGGCUCGAGGAGACGAUACGACAGGACUAGGUCUCGUUCCACAGAUCGGGGUAGAGACAGAAACCGUGAAAGAGACAGAGGCCGGGACAGGGGGAGGCGCUACACAGGCCGCAGACAAACCAGGUCUCGCUCACAUUCUCGUUCAGGUGAUCGUUACCAGCGGCGGAGUUGCAGCUCAGCAUACAGGAGGGGCGGGAGCAUCAGUCAAAGCCCCUCCCACUCACCUGCAGCGAGCCGCAGCCUUUCCCCCUCCUCCCAUUCUGCUCCACCUACAUCUGCUUCUGCAGACAAACUGAGAAAGCCUGAAAAUCCGGGUGGUAAAGAGACUGGAGCUGCCAAACCCAAAAUGACGCCACAAGAGAAGCUCAGACUCCGAAUGCAGAAGGCUCUAAACAAGCAAUCCAAGGCGGAUAAGAAGGCAGCACAUGCCAAGAUCCAGCAACAAGAGCACAAGAGACAGGAACGAGAAGGAGUACUUCGUACAAUGGCACGGAAAAUACGCAUGAAGGAGCGGGAACGGCGGGAAAAAGAGAGAGAUGAAUGGGAGAGGCUGUAUGGUCGUCAGAGUCACUCGCCCUCCCCCAAUGCCAAAUACAGUCGAGACUACAGCUCAUCUAGAAGGAGAUCACGCUCAAGAUCACGGAGUCCUCAUUACCGGUACUGAAGCUUCUGCUGAUAAAACAGUCAGGCCACAAGAUGUCAAAACAGAUGUUUUAGGAGUGAAUGGUGACCAUGAUGGCAAGAGUUUACAUAGAAUUUUGGGGAAAACAAUAUCAAUCAAAUAAAUUUCACUCACUUCAACUUCUCUUUUACAUCUAAAGGAUGCAAUGGAAACAACGUCAUUUCUAAAAUGUGAAAAUAAACACCAUCAUGCUCUGAAACCACAUUUCGCCUCCCAUUCUUGAUAUUACACAGCAGGGUUGCCAGGAAUGCUUUGAGCUGCUAGGAUUCUAAUAAGCGUUGCAGAUUAUUUUGAGUCGAUCUGUGUUGAAUUCUGUGACAUAAGAUUGGGAUGAACCGUAUUCUUUCCCGUGUCUCUUACCCCCAUU